CCACCACACCUCCGGCCCGGCCACCAGUGGAGGCGCCCCGCCCCCGCCCCCGCGCCGCGCCGCGCCGACCUGACCCGCGCCGCGUUCGGCCAAAACCCACCGCGAAACCGCUACAAAUCUCGCGCAUUCCCGAGGCGACGACGUGCGGGCGCGGCGAGGCGCGGCGGCAGCCACAUACAGCGAGGGAGCCUCCGGAGCAGGUCCGUCCCCGGGCGCCGCGAGCGAGCGAGCGAGCGAUGGGGGACGACUCGGAGGGCGAGGCGGAGGAGUACCUCUUCAAGGUGGUGAUCAUCGGGGACAGCGCGGUGGGGAAGAGCAACCUGCUCUCGCGCUACGCGCGCAACGAGUUCAACCUCCACUCCAAGGCCACCAUCGGGGUCGAGUUCCAGACCCAGAGCAUGGACAUUGACGGCAAGGAGGUCAAGGCCCAGAUCUGGGACACCGCGGGCCAGGAGCGCUUCCGCGCCGUCACCUCCGCGUACUACAGGGGAGCCUUCGGCGCGCUCCUCGUCUACGACAUCUCGCGACGCUCCACCUUCGAGAACGUCGGCCGAUGGCUCCAGGAGCUCAACACGCAUUCCGACACUACUGUAGCCAAGAUGCUGGUGGGCAACAAAUGCGAUCUGGACAACAUCCGCGAGGUGCCCGUCGAGGAAGGCAAGGCGCUCGCGGAAGCCGAGAGCAUGUUCUUCAUGGAGACCUCGGCCCUGGACGCCACCAACGUGGAGACGGCCUUCGAGAUCGUCAUCAAGGAGAUCUACAGCAACGUGAGCCGGAAGAUCCUGAACUCGGACUCGUACAAGGCCGAGCUCUCCCUCAACAGGGUGAGCAUCGACGGCGACUCGAAAGACGACCAGAAGCAGCAGGCAAGCCGGUUCGGGUGCUGCUAGGUGGGGUUAGAGUACAUUGUUGUUGGGAUAUUGGAUUGGGUCUCGCUGAGAUAUGAAUAUGAUAUGAAGUUUUUGUUUUUGGUUAUUGAUAUUGCCUGUAAACUGUAAAAUCGACUCUCUUGGUUUGCUGUUGUUACACCCGAGUUGCGGACUACAAGAGUGGGGAGGAAAGGGAAGGGAAUAGUUGCUACUGGAGCGCCAACUGCGUUGCGCUGUUCACUGGAAGAGUCGUGUAACUCGAUUUGUCAGGUUUUGUAAAGAUUGUUGGAGCACAAGUUUUCGCU